GCUCCAAUUGUUCGAUCACCAUUCAAUUGUUUCAUUUUUUUUAUUGUGGUUCGUGUUGACUGUCCAGAGUCCACGGAUAUUUUAUUCUUAGACGGUUAAAUAUAUUGUUUCAAAAAGCUGAAAAAUGUCGGAAAAGAGUGUUCAUGAACUUAUUGUUGGAACAAUCACAUGCUUUGCUUUGGACAAGCAAAGACAAAAACUUGCCUUCUCGCCCAAUGAUCACACAGUUCAUAUCUACAAAUUGGCUGGAAACAAGUGGCAACCGGAUUGUGUAUUGACUGAGCAUGGUCAAAAUGUUACUGGCAUUGACUGGGCUGCAGAGAGCAACAGGAUUGUCACUUGUGGAGCUGAUCGUAAUGCCUAUGUAUGGAAUCUUCAGGAGGGAAAAUGGAAACCAACUUUGGUUAUUUUGAGAAUAAAUCGUGCUGCAACAUGUGUCAAGUGGUCACCAAAAGAGGAUAAAUUUGCUGUUGGAAGUGGAGCGAGGUUGAUCUCUGUCUGUUACUUUGAGAAAGACAAUGAUUGGUGGGUCAGUAAGCAUAUCAAAAAACCAUUGCGGUCCACAGUUACAAGUAUUGAUUGGCAUCCCAGCAACCUCUUGCUUGCGGCUGGAUCAACAGACUUUAAAGCCAGAGUAUUUUCUGGUCACAUCAAAGAUGUCGACGGUAAACCUCCAAAAGAGACGCAGUGGGGUGAAAAACCAGCCUUUGGAGCGUGCCUUGCCGAGUUUUAUGAAGGCAGAGGUGGAUGGGUGCACGCUGUAUCUUUCUCUUCCGGUGGCGAUAAAUUGGCGUGGGUGAGUCACAACUCCAGUGUCAGUGUAGUUCUCGCUGCGAAUAAGUCCCAGAUCUUCACUGUCAGGGGUGAUUUCCUCCCUCUGAUCUCUUGUAUCUGGAUUUCAGAUAACAGUAUUGUUUGUGCGGGUCACGACUAUGUGCCAUUGUUGUUCAAUGUUGAUGGUGGUGGUCAAGUGACAUUUAAACAAAAACUGGACGUUGUCAAGAGGAAGGAAUCGGAAACGAUGAGUGCCAUGGCUAAGUUCCGAACCAUGGACAAGGAAGCAUCAACUGGCGAAUCGGGAAAAGGUGUCAAUACCACUCAUCAAAAUGCGAUCACCCAAAUUGCCAUUCACUCAGGCAAUAAGAAAAGCGUUAGUAAGUUUGCUUCCGUUGGUAUUGACGGCCGCUUUGUCAUCUGGGAUGUAAAGGGAUUGGAAUCGGCUAUUGCUGGUUUGAAAAUUGCAUGAAAAGGAAAAAAAGGCAAUUAUUGUUUGAGUGUUUUUUUCAUUGAGUAUUUUCUCCAACGAUUAUGUUACUUAGCACUUUCAACUCUACUGUAUUUGUGUAAUGACUUUGAUGAAAUAUAACGUUUUGUUUUGAUACAUUGUUAAA